AGAAAGGGGGGAGCUUCGCUCGAUGGCGCUAUGGCGCACCGGGGGAGGAGCAAUGGCGCUGCUUCCUCGCCUACGAACGCCCAUGGGACAGGUGAUUCUCGUCGGCGCCGUGUGCUUCUGCUGCCCGGGGAUGUUCUCGGCGCUCACAGGGAUGGGCGGCGGCGGCCAGGUCGAUCCCCACGCCGCCAAUCGAGCCCUCACGGCGCUCUACGCGGCAUUCGCGAUCUUCGGCCUCCUCGGCGGCGGAUUCAACAAUAUUUUGGGCCCGAGGAUCACUGUCCUGGUCGGCAGCGUCUUCUACGCGCUCUACGUCGCCUCCUUCCUGCGCUACAACCACAGCCACGACGAGAGGCUCGUCGUCCUCGCCGGGGGAUUGCUAGGGUUUGGGGCCGGGCUUCUCUGGGCAGGGCAGGGAUCCAUCCUCAUGUCCUAUCCUCCGGAGCGAGACAAGGGCCUCUACAUCUCCAUUUUUUGGAGCGUUUUCAACAUGGGUGGCGUGGUGGGCGGAUUGAUCCCAUUCUUCCUCAACUUUAGCCGCGAUCGAAGCUCCUCUCACUCCGUCAACGACACCACUUACAUCGCAUUCAUCGUGGUGAUGCUGUGUGGGAGCAUUCUCUCGCUCAAGCUCGUCCAGCCGGAUCAAGUGGCGCGCGAGGAUGGAACCCAGGUGAUCUCCGCGCUCCACACCGAUGUUGCGACGGAGUGCUGGGAGAUCCUCAAGCUCUUUCGUGAUCCGAGGAUGCUAGCGUUCGUCCCGGCAUGCAUCGCCAGCAACUUCUUCUACACGUACCAGUUCAACAACGUGAAUGGCUUGCUCUUCGACGUGAGAACUCGCGGCCUCAACAACGUUGUCUACUGGUCGGCACAGAUGCUUGGCUCGGUUCUAGCAGGAAGACUGCUCGACAAAUCCAGCCCCAGCUCUCGAUCGCGCGCUCACCUGGGAAUUCUCCUCGUGGCGGCCGCCUCGACGCUCAUCUGGGCUGCCGCGUUCGUCAACCAGACGAAUUACUCUCGCCAUCGUCUUCCGCAUGGAGUCCCGCUGGAUUUCACCGAUGGCUUCCAGUUCCUGGGCCCGUUCGUGCUCUACUCGUGCUUUGGCCUGCUCGACGCGAUGUUCCAGACGCUGUGCUACUGGGUCAUGGGGGAGAUGAGUGGGGAGGUCCAGACUUUGAGCCGCUAUGGAGGAUUUUACAAGGGUCUCCAGAGCGCUGGAGCGGCGGUGGCUUGGCAGCUUGAUGCGAGCGAGAUGGCUUUGAUGCCUCAGCUGUGCCUCAACUGGAUUCUCAUGUCACUCAGCUUUCCACUGCUGUGGAUUAUGGUGAGGGAUUUUAAGGACGAGCGACAUCACAGGAAGGAGGACGAGGAGCACCUCUUUUUGCUCGAUAGCUCGAGCACCAACUCGGAGGAUUGAGUGAGAAGAUUAGAUAUGGGCCUCUAAAAAGAAGAGGCAGUAUGAUCUUUUCUUCCUGGUGUAGUUGUAAUUUAAAUGCUGGCCACAGCUUCAGCACUCUUCUUGGUGUUA